AUGCCGAAAACAGUCAAGGACCCCAAGAGUGUCAAGAAGGCUGCAGAGAAGAAGCAGACAGAGCCUGAACGCGAGGCUUCGGAGCUUGACCUGGUGGUUUCGGAGCCUGAAGUCCAGAAGAAGCCCAGCCUCAAGGAGGGGGACUUUGCCUUGGUCGCCUGCGAGGGGCUCCAAAGCAAGCUUGACCGCUUGAGGGAGUCGACGAGGGGCUUGGAGCUGCAGGAGACCGAGGGCCCCUUCAAGAAGUUUUUCGACGGCCUGAGCAACAAAGAGAGGUGGUCGCUCUGGAAGCAGUUCGAAAACGAUCGGGCUGCCUUGGAUGGAGACCGAGGAAAGAAAGUUCAGGAGGACUACAGCAGCAUCCGGGGCCCAGGGUCCGACUCAAAGAAGAAGAAGCUCCUCAAGGCCUACCUAGUCGGAGGAGGCUUCAAGGACGUGUACUUUUCAGUGUCUGCCACCUUCUCGAAGACAAGAGAGCAGGAGGAGGAGACCAGCUACGUGCCUUGGAAGAAGGCCGUGGACUACUACGGACUCUCGGAGCUCAAGGCAAGGAUCCUUUCAGGAUCUUUGCUGGCGAGACGGUGUCCCAGAGACCCCCGUUUCUGGGAAGUGGGCAAGGAAGUGUCCACGAGCAGGGACAAGUCUCGCUUUGACUUCCAGACGACGGGGCAUGCAGCCUCGUCCAAGGCCAAGACCCUGAACGACUUCAAGCAGUUCGUGGACGAUGGCCGGACCCAAAGCUUGAGGAACAUGGGAAUGGAGGGUUUGGACUUCGAAGAGUCGGAAGGCAGUGACAAGGAGGCCGACACUGGCAUGGACCCCGGCUUGAAGAAGUUGCUGGGCAUCAAAGAUGCCCCCAAGGAGAAGGACCCUUUGGAAGCUCUUGAGACGGCCUCCGCCGCUGUGUCUCAGAAGGCCUCGGACAGGCACAGCCACUCGAAGGUGAAGGCAGCCCUCAGUGUGACCAAUGCUGCCAUGACCAAGUUGGAGACGAAGAUCUCUGACAUGAGUUGCUCGCUGAAGGAGAAGCUCUCCAUGAAUGCCAUGCUCAAGGAUCUGAAGAAGAACUGGCUUGACUUGCAGACUGCCUCCCAGGAGAAGGUCCUCAAGAAUGCCAGCAAGAAGUGCCUCCGAAGCCUGGAGCUGCUGGUGAGGGAUGCCACCACUGCAGCCUUGCCUCUUAAAAAAGGCUUGCUGUGGUCUUUGGUGGGCGAUUAUGAGUACAUGGCUAACACAUUGAAAUUGCCCCACUGGAAAUGCAUUGACCUGUGUGGCUGGUGUGAUGCAAGCCGAAAGAAGCCAAACAAAGACCCCUGGAAGUUUGACAAGCCGGGAUGGAAGUGCAAGGAGCAAAAUGACUUUGCCGAUGACCCUAUCUGGAAAGAGAGUCAUCCAAUUUUUCAGAUCGCUGGUGUCCAUGACUUGUCCGUGCAGUUGGAUGUUUUGCACUUGCUUGACUUGGGAACUUCCCAAGCACUCGCUGCAAGUAUCAUCAAAGAGCUGUUGUACGACGACAUGACUGACUCGGUCGACACAAACUUGGCCAGAUUUUGGGAGAAGGUUUGGAAUGAGUACCGCCGGACAGGUGCCACUUGCAGAGUUUCCAAUUUGACGUUGGGCAUGCUUGUCAACACCCA